AUGGGUUCCUGGUCCGGCGAACUCAUAGCGUUGCGGAGCCUCCCACGGCUCCUUCAAAAGGCCACACACGGCCCCGCGCGCUGCACACCUGGCUUCUGUCUUGCGCUGCGCGCUUGCAUUCUGUUCUCUAACUGUUCUCUCUUCCCUUCCACAUCGUUUGUAGUGAGUCUCGCGAUCACCUGUGUAAUGCUCUAUCUAAUAUGGGAAACGUUCAACUUACUGGGCUCAGUUGUGCUGCUCCACGAACCACACGCACCGAGCACCAUCAUUAUGCUCCAUGGCAAGAACAUCCACCACCUGCUAGAGCUCACGCUCUCCCCGGUACAGACCGUGGUUGCGGAACAUGAGCCGCUUUUUUCCUCGCUCUUGGUGUCGUGCACCAACGGAAGCAUUAUUUCGUAUGCCAACAGCGAUACCGCCCCUACGACCUAUAACAACUCUAGCAACAACCUCAAGAUGAUGGCACUGCUUGUCAGGGACAAGUGGAACGAAGACCAGCAAGACCCCAGCGCUCAAGCGACACAUAGCUGCUACCAGUGCGAGGCCGAGGACGGCGAGGUUACGCGUGUGUACACCUAUGAGCUGGAAGACCUUCACGCUUGCGUCGCACAGAUACCUAGAAGCGACCUGCUUUUACUGUUCAUCGCCAGCAGUGAUUACCCUUACGGCUUACUGGUAAAGAAGAUGAAGGCGGCCUUGCGAGCGUUUUCCAGCAUGUAUGGGUACAAGCUGGACUGA